AUCCAUCGUCUUGAUUGGAUUUGAGACCCAAAUCCAGAUCAUCGUCUCUUCCGAUUCCCAUAAUCUUAUUGCAGAAAAAGCCUGCAAUUAUUUGUUUGAUUCUUCCAUUUUUUUUCCUUCCCGAAAUCACACCUUCCCAUUUCAUCAAUCGAGCUCUACUGAAUGGAAUUGAUUUCUCCGAUCUCUCCUUCUUUCGCCAAUUAUCUAACAACCCCUUCAACUAUGAAAUUCUAACCCAAAUUCCCAUCUGGGUAUUGUCUAAACAGACAUUAGAGUGAGCAGUUUCGUCUCUAUCAAUGGCGGGUUCAUCUCUCAUGGACACUCUCUUCCAGCGAACUCUCGAUGACCUUAUCAAAGGCCUUCGCCUUCAACUUAUAGGUGAGUCUGCUUUUAUCUCCAAAGCCAUGGAUGAGAUUCGCCGCGAGAUCAAAUCUACAGACCCUCAAACUAAGUCCACCGCUCUGCAAAAACUCUCCUAUCUCAGCUCCCUUCACGGCAUCGAUAUGAACUGGGCUGCUUUCCAUGUAGUCGAGGUUAUGUCAUCUUCUCGCUUCGCUCAAAAGAAGAUCGGGUAUCUCGCUGCGUCCCAAUCGUUUCACGAAGCCACCCCAGUUCUUCUCCUCAUCACCAACCAGCUCAGGAAGGAUUUAACUAGCACCAAUGAAUUCGAGGUUAGUCUUGCUCUUGAUUGUUUGUCGAGAUUUGCAACUACCGAUCUUGCUAGGGACUUGACACCUGAGAUUUUUACAUUGUUAUCGAGUAGUAAGGUCUUUGUUAGAAAGAAGGCAAUUGGUGUGGUUUUGAGGGUUUUUGGGAAAUACCCAGAUGCUGUUAGAGUGUGUUUUAAGCGUUUGGUUGAGAAUUUAGAGAGUUCGGAUCCUCGGAUUUUGUCUGCAGUUGUUGGGGUCUUUUGUGAGCUUGCUUCCCAGGACCCUAGAUCUUAUCUUCCAUUGGCACCUGAAUUUUAUAGGAUUUUGACUGAUAGCAAGAACAAUUGGGUGCUGAUUAAAGUCUUGAAGAUAUUUAAGAAUCUUGCUCCAUUGGAGCCUAGAUUGGCUAGGAAAAUUGUUGAACCUAUAACUGAGCAUAUGAGAAGAACAGGGGCUAAGUCAUUGAUGUUUGAGUGCAUUAGGACUGUGGUGACUAGCUUGUCUGACUUUGAAUCAGCGGUUAGACUUGCUGUUGAGAGAACUCGAGAAUUUUUGGUUGACGAUGAUCCGAAUCUCAAGUAUCUUGGAUUGCACGCUCUUUCAAUCCUUGUGCCAAAACACUCAUGGGCAGUUCUGGAGAAUAAAGAGGUUGUAAUAAAAUCUCUAAGUGAUGUGGAUCCAAAUGUUAAAUUUGAAUCCUUGCGGCUUGUGAUGGCUAUGGUUUCUGAUAAUAAUGUAGCUGAAAUUUGCAGAGUUUUGGUGAACCUUGCGCUUAAAUCUGAUCCUGAGUUUUGUAAUGAAAUUCUUGGGUCCAUAUUAGCCACAUGUGGUGAGAAUGUGUAUGAAAUCAUUAUCGACUUUGAUUGGUAUGUGUCACUUCUUGGAGAAAUGUCGAGGAUCCCACAUUGCCGAAAAGGGGAGGAAAUUGAAAAUCAGCUUAUAGAUAUUAGUAUGAGGGUCAAAGAUGCAAGGCCUACUCUUGUCAUGGUCGGCCGUGAUCUGCUUAUUGAUCCGGCAUUACUUGGUAAUCCUUUCAUGCAUAGGAUUCUAUCAGCUGCUGCUUGGGUGUCAGGACAAUAUGUGCAGUUUUCAGGCAAGCCAUUCGAACUCCUAGAGGCAUUGUUACAGCCUCGCAGUAAUCUUUUGCCUCCGUCAGUUAGAGCAGUUUAUGUUCAGUCAGCAUUUAAAGUGACAAUUUUUUGUUUAAAUUCCUACAUUCAAGAGCAAAAUAUUGACUCCUCUUCCUAUGUUGAGACGUUGGUAGAGAAUGGUUCAGAAUCUAUCUCUGCCAGGGAAUGCCAUGAUGCGUCUGAUCUUUGUGAACAGGUUGAAGAGUUCAACCCGAGGGGGUCUAAUCAACCACCAAAAGUUACUUUCACGGAAAAUGAUAGGGGGACAUUGUCUCAUGUCCAGACAUGUACAUCUGCAUCGUUAGAGGAUAAUAGUUCAUCUCUUGGAUCAAUAAUUGAGUUGUUGAACUUUAUUCAGUUUUCUUUGGGCCCUUUAACGUGGAGCCAUGAUGUUGAAUUGCUUGAGAGAUCUAGAAACUUGCUCAAUUUUAUUGAGCUAAUUAGGCAACAGAUCCCUGAUGACCUAGAUGAAAAGGAUGGGAGUUCAGAAAUGGAACUUGCUGAAAUCUCCAAAAUAGUUGAACUGAUUCUUGAAGCCUUCUCCGACGACUUUGGCCCAAUGUCAAUAAAUGCUCAAGAAAGGGUUCCGAUUCCCGAAGGAUUGAUACUUAAUGAGAAUCUUGAUGAUUUGGAAAUGAUAUGUAGUGAUCUUCAGCUACCAGAAGGCUCUUAUUCUUUUGGAAAUUCUCUCUAUGAGGAAAGGGUCGAUUCAUCUAUAUUAUCUCAACAGAGCCAGCAAGAGUCUGAAUCAUCAAAAGCAACCACAUCUCUUCUUUCUGAGCACCGUAAGCGGCAUGGACUGUAUUAUCUUCCAUCAGAUAAGACUGAUGAUGCCUCUAAUGAUUAUCCACCAGCCAACGAACUCAAGUUACAAGAUAAUCUGGAUGAUGAUGCUGCCCACCUUGUCAAGCUUGCAGAACGGUCACUUGCAUUAAAGAAAAAGUCUAAUUCAGCCAAGCCUAGGCCUGUGGUGGUGAGAUUGGAUGAAGGAGAUGAAUUUCCUGUUACAAGCAAGAAGCCCCAGUUGAACGAUGAACAGCUUUCUGAUGCCGUACGCGAUGUUCUUGUGGGUAGUGAUGCAAGGCCUACUUCCUCACAAACAAACCAAACUUCCAAACCCUCUAGCAGGAGAAAAGGAAAGGAGAAACAGAAUGCUGAUAAUCUUUCUGAAUCAAAAGAAAAUUUAGGUGAUGUUGAAGAGCAAUCCUCCAAUAUGGUAGAUACAAGUUUGAGAAGAACACAUCGACAUCACGGAAAAGAUGGCAAACAGUCAAGUCUUGAAAAGAGCAGUGAGAAAAAGGAUCAAGCUCAUAAAAAAAGCAAGCGAACGAGUAGUCAGCGGCAUGGUAAGCAAAAAGCUAAACAAAGUGGGGAUGCUUCGGUACCCGUGGCUUCACAGACAGUUAUACCCGAUUUCCUUUUAUAGCUCGAAAAACCCGAAUCAGAUUUGCUGCAGAACAUUCUGACAUAAUGACUGGUUUGAUCUCCAAAUUCUCAUGUGCCAUGAUUAGUUCUGCAGUAAAAAUUUGUUGAUUUUUUUGGUGUAUGUUUGGGGCUGCUUUUAGAUUCAUAUGUUUCAGAAUGGAUGUCCAUUUCAGAAACAGAGUUUCAUAAUCGGGAUUAUCUGGUUUCUGAUAUUGAUAUGAAGCAUUUUUUUGAUAA